GAGGAGCUUUGUGAUAAUUAGCCUUUAAGAUUAAAAGAUUCAACGACGGCAAUAAUAGAGGUCAUAUUUUACUAGCUAUUAUUAUUAAUCUGGCCCAAGGGGCACUUAAUACAAACAGGGCAAAGGGGGCAGCGGAUUAAUUGCUAAUACUAUCAAAAUAUGUCAGUACGUCCCUGUUUUCUGUCAUUUUAGUGUCCACUCCUUCCUUUUCAUCUGCGUCUUUUCAGUCGUCGUCUCAAUCUGCUACAAACUGAGACAGGCCAGCCACACCACACCAACAUAGAUCAGGCCUAACAUCUCCGCAACAAUCUAAAAAAUGGAUUAACAAACACAUUUCGUCUGCACUUUGAACAAUCGCUGAGUGUUGACAAGGAGCUGGUCGCAGAAGAUGAGCCUUUUCUCUGUGCUGCUGUGUGGGGGAGUGGGUCACAUCCUGUGGCGUUUCCUGUGUUUGUAAACUAGACGGGCUGGAAAACGUCGGGCGACUGAAGCUGAAAGUUUUAAUGCUAGAUGAGUGAGGUGGGUGUGGCUUCCCACCAGCCCGACCAUCCUGACUGACGGAUCUCUGGAUGACCUUGUCCCCACCCCUGUCCCUGCGCUCACAUACACCACAGCAAUGUCACACCUGCCCAGCAGCUCAGUCCGCGACCAUAUGAAAUGGGCGGGGCUGCUUGGCUGCGAGGCUGUCCUCUCCAGCAUGGCCCUGAUGCAGGCCAGCUCUAUGGCUGCUCCGCCCAAAAAAAUGAUGGCUCCACUUGGCCAUGGACCACCACAGAGAGAGGGACCUGACCGUGGUCCCCAGAGCCAUAUGAUCCUCCCGUCUGGAAUGAGCUGUCCACCCCUGCUUAUCCGGAAGGAAGGUGAAUUCCAAGCUCCCCGCCUGCUGGAUGAGAAGGAGAUGAGAGCCAACGAGGACAUGCAGCAGAAAAAAAAGAACAGGAAAUCAGUAACGCCCUGCAAAGUGAGAGAACAAGAAGGAAGGGGAGGGAAGGGCACAGGUGGAGAUGAAAAUGGUCCAUCAUCCAAAGUGCAGAAAAACUUUAUUUGUGAUCACUGUUACGGAGCUUUUAGAAGUGGAUACCAUCUGAAGAGACAUAUCCUCAUUCAUACAGGGGAGAAGCCGUAUGCUUGUGCCGUAUGUGACAUGAGGUUUAUUCAGCGUUACCACCUGGAGAGACACAGCCUCAUUCACACGGGAGUGAAGCCAUACGCUUGUUCCAUGUGUGACAUGAGGUUUUUCCAGCGUUACCACCUGGAGAGACACAGACUCACUCAUACGGGGGUGAAGCCGUACGCUUGCUCCAUGUGUGACAUGAGGUUCUUCCAACGUUACCAUCUGGCAAGACACAGCCUCACUCAUACUGGGGUGAAGCCAUACGCUUGCUCCAUGUGUGACAUGAGAUUUUUCCAACGCUACCACUUGGCAAGACACAGCCUCACUCACACGGGGGUGAAGCCAUAUGCUUGCUCCAUGUGUGACAUGAGAUUUUUCCAGAGAUACCACCUGGCAAGACACACUCUCACCCAUACGGGGGUGAAGCCAUACGCUUGCUCCAUGUGUGACAUGAGGUUCUUCCAGCGUUACCAUUUGGCAAGACACAGCCUCACUCAUACUGGAGUGAAGCCAUAUGCUUGUACCAUGUGUGACAUGAGAUUUAUACAACGUUACCAACUGGAGAGACACAGUCUUACUCAUACAGGGGUGAAGCCGUACGCUUGCACCAUGUGUGACAAGAGGUUUUUUCAGCGCUACCACCUGGCGAGACACAGCCUCACUCAUAUGGGUGUGAAACCUUACGCUUGCACCAUGUGUGACAUGAAGUUUUUUCAGCGUUACCACCUGGCGAGACACAGCCUCACUCAUACGGGUGUGAAACCUUAUGCUUGCACCAUGUGUGACAAGAGGUUUUUUCAGCGCUACCACCUGGCAAGACACAGCCUCACUCAUAUGGGUGUGAAACCUUUUGCUUGUACCAUGUGUGACAUGAGGUUUGUUCAGCGUUACCACCUGGCGAGACACAGCCUCACUCAUACGGGUGUGAAACCUUAUGCUUGCACCAUGUGUGACAAGAGGUUUUUUCAGCGCUACCACCUGGCAAGACACAGCCUCACUCAUAUGGGUGUGAAACCUUUUGCUUGUACCAUGUGUGACAUGAGGUUUGUUCAGCGUUACCACCUGGCGAGACACAGCCUCACUCAUACGGGGGUGAAGCCGUAUGCUUGUUCCAUGUGUGACAUGAGGUUUAUUCAGCGUAACCACCUGGAGAGACACAGCCUCACUCAUACGGGAGAGAAGCCAUUUGCUUGUGACAUGUGUGAUAUGAGGUUUAUCCAGCGCUACCACCUCGAGAGACACAAGCGUGUCCAUAGUGGGGAGAAGCCUUACCAGUGUGAACGAUGCCAGCAGAACUUUUCAAGGACAGACCGGCUGUUGCGGCAUCGACGGUUGUGCCAGGGUCGCGGCGUAGCCAAAGUAGAGAACCAGCCGUGCUGCGAACCGCGCCCAUACCCCCAAGAACCCCCACCCGCACCACCAACCUGGAGUCCCCUGCACCCCCCGCCUGGCCGACUGGCAGUCUGACAUUCCACCUUCCCUACAUCCACAACACCGCCAGAGACGGGACAAGCCACAGGGUUUCUUCUUCUCAGCUCUGUGCGGAGUGACGCCACACUCUAGCACAGACUGAUCUCGCAGCUCCAGUCUUGGGAUUACUAAUGACAGAGGGACAUUUGUGUUUUUCUUUUGUUGACUUUUUACUGUGUUUACUUUUCUCCCCCCGUUUUUUUAAACACGAGACUUUUCUGUGAUGAACAGUGGUCCUGUUUUGUACUUAAUCUAUUUGAUUUUUGCAAAAAAAAGAAAAAAAAGUUUUUAUUGUUGUUCAAAUAUAUCUGCAUAUGGUGGUACUCGGGAAGGGCUGUGGGAAUUGUUUAUCCUGAUGUGUUAGCAACAAAAUGGGAUGAGGUGUGAGGAAAAGUAUUUGAGCUUCUUUUUAAUUUUUCUUUGUGUGGCCCAUUUUGACUCAAAAAGAUUCAUUCACUCUUCAGUCAGAAUUCAUGAAAAUGACAUCUCCUUCCAGAUAAAGCAAGGAAUCCUUUUACGUCAACCAGACCUUUCUUGCCAUUGUCGCAUAGUGCUUAGCAGAAAGCAGUAUCUGGUCUAAAUAUGAUUUAAUAGGAUUUCUGUGAAUUUAUCUAUUUUGGGGGUACCGUUUUAAUGAUUACUUUGUGUAAAUAAUUGAAAAUGUUUAUUAUUAUUUUACUAUCAGACUUGAGAAAUGGUUUAAUUAAUGGUUAUUAUUAAUGGUUUGUUUUUGUGUACAAAAUGGGCCAAAAACGAAUGGAUCAUUAGAAAUUUGUUCAAAUACAGACUGGUGCCACUGUGUCUGUGAAAUCCUGAGGAAACCUGAGAAACUUUGUAAGUGUGUUUAUGAAAAAAAAAAAUCAAACAGUUCUUCAUAACUGUAAACCAGGACUUCCGAGAAAUGGAUGAUGAAAGGGGGCAGCCUGCAGUUGACUGGCUCUGUGCCGCGUCACGGGAGCAUCACCUGUGUAUCUCAUGUUCUGUGUCGUGCUGAUGACUCAGGAAAUGGCACUGGAUGGCAGCCUUGGCGAAUUGUCCUCCCACACUUACCGAGAGUCAUGCUAUUGUAAGUUCAGCUGUGUAUAUAUACAGUAUAUAUACAGAGAUCAACGGGAAAGUGUCUCUUCUUGCUCUGUCCAUUAAUUCUGGUCUAAAAUAGCACAGUUGGCCACUUAAAGUCCCAUUAUGUUGUUUGUACAGAUACUCUCAUUGUGAGAUUAGCGGGGGUAUACAAAAUCUUGUGGCCUUAGUGUGUUUUUUUUUUGUUGUUAAUUUGCCUUUUUUCUCAACUGUUUAUCAUUGUGGAUCAGAUGUAUUUACUAAGACGAGACAGCCUUCCAUCAUCACAUUAUAUUUUUCUUCUGCUUUUUAUCCUAAAGCUGUCCUGGUUACAGAAUGUCGAUGGCUUCAGUGGCGCUAAAACUGACUAAUGUGCUCUCCUGUCGAGAGAGGUUGUCUUUUGAUGGUGAUGAUAAUGAAUAUUAUGGGUCAUUGUUACUGAUUACAGUGUAACACGGAUAUGUAGUCCUUGAGGAACCCCCGGGAGUUUGACAGUCCUUGUGAGAAGUCAGUUGUGCUAAAUUGUUUCCCACUGCAGUGCGCUGGCUGGCCGCACGCCAUAGCAGAAUCAACACUCGCUUGACUCUACUACACACUAACAAUUGCCUUUUUUUAUCCAAAUAUGUGGUUGGUGUGUAAUAAUGGAUGUCUUUCAUGUCAUUGGGUUUAGCCUUAAGUAAGUGCGGAUACACAAAUAAUCAUUGUAGUACUAAAUGAUAUUGUAACGGACGUUUCUUGUACCUUUGAUGAACUUUGAUCGUACUGUGGGAAAAGUCUCUGACGGUCAGACAGCGGAGAGCCGGUUGAUCGGGGCCACUUUGCUGCCUGUUGAACAAGUUUCUCAAACUUGAUCCUUUCUGUGACUGGUGAGCUGGAGGUUGCGUCGUCCUGUCUGUCAGUGCUGGGUAGGAGGAUUAUGUGUGAGGCUGAAACGUGCUUGUACAUAUGAAGACAUCACAGCUGUUCUAGGGCUGUCCUCGAACCGGAGAAAUAUGUUGUCAGCUAAGGCUUGUGCGAGUUUUGUUGACUAAUCGAUUUAGUUGAUUUAAUCAACAGAUCUAUGAAAACAGUUUGUUUUUACCAGAGAUGUGCUCAAAAGUUUCUUGGCAACAAGUCAUGUAAAAAAGCUUUUAAAAUGACUAAUCGACAAAAGAAAUCUGAGUCAACUAAGACAAAAACGACUAGUUAAGUUGAGGAAGAGGGGGCAGCCUUAAACUGUUCUUGGGCACCAGAGAAAGUAAUGGAAACCAUCAGGUUGAUUUCAAGGUGUUUUUUUUUUGGUUGUAUUGUAAUUUAAAGGUCAAGAUAAGCUUCAGUGAAAGUGGAGGUAGAAUCCCAGAGUGCAUUACCUGGUGUUUUGAUUUCUAGGAUGACAGAUGUUUGUGUUGGAUACAAAUAAGCAGAUUCCUGAGUUAAGUGAUAUUUUACCUAAAGUAUUAUUGGGAAGGUUUUUUUAAUUAUUGAUCCAUUGAUAUCAAGGCAAAGUUGUGCGAUGGUUUGAGUGUGUACAGAGAUGUGAUUCAGUUUUAAGCUUUUUUCACAAGAUGAAGUAAACCCCAGUGGCAGCAAGAGGGACCAAGUUUGAGAAAUGCAUUCAUUUGCUCUGGAAACACUAUUAUUAAUCUGUGGAAGGGAAACUGCUGGUGUGAGCACAUGCUAAAAUGGCUAAAGGGCAAUACAGUAUAUAGUUGACAUCACUUGUUAAUACCUUUUUGUCUUUUUAUUGUUUUUUAGUAUUAUCAAUCUCAUUGUUAAAAUGCAAUAGAAUCCUUGAGUCUCAGAUCAUUUGUUUAUAAGAUUGAGGUUUAAUUUUUUUUUUUUUUUUUCAGACAGAUCCAAGGAUUUAUUUGUCUGAGAAUUUCUCAUCAAAUUUUGAUGAUUGUUUCAAGGACCUUUUUUUUAUUCUGAUGAAAUUGUAAACACUGGAGUGAAAGGAAAAAAAAAGACAUGAAUAUUUUUUUCCUUCAGACUGUACUAGACUUUAGGUUUUAGACAAAGCCUAUCUCUCCUCAACUUGACACAGAAGGUGGACAGAACAAUUUGGAUCAGUACAGUUGAGAGCCCAGUAUGUUCGGUAAUUUUGACAUUAGAGGCAGUAGUACCACAAGAAAAAUGUUUUCUUUCUUAUACGAAGUCCCUGGUAUUUGUAGUAAAUUAUAUUGAUAAUGGUAUUAGAUGAACAACAGCAUAACAGUAGCUAUCACAGAUUAGUUGUUUUCUUUAUUAGUCUUGCAUGCAGAGUUAUGGUCCUCAGUUAAGAUAGGAUCUUGAUAUUGAUUAUUUUGUGUAGGAAAAUGAGUGCAUAAGAAUAACUUCCUAAAAAAAUGUUACAAUGAUUAUUGUAAAAUGGGCUAACUAAUAUGUACCCUUGUGAUCCAAUUAGUUUCAACUAUAUGAAAAUCAGAGGAGAGGCUUCUUACUAUUAUGCUGAAAUAAAAUAAUUUGUAAAGGA